GGUGGGAACGUGUUGUACAGUCCGGGGUCACACACAUCCUCUCUCCACACAGACCCACCAGCUACGUCCUCAUCUCUAGCCAGAUUUGGCGCCGCGGGGCUGGACAUGUUUCAACAGGUGGCCAAGAAGCUCACACAAGAGCUGGAUUCUGACAGGAGGCUCAUUCCUGUAUCCAGCUUGGCUGGUGCCAGUCGUUACAGGCCCUUGUGCCUGGUCACGAGGGAACAGUCCCGGUGGCGGUCGUUUCAGUCCAUAAAAUAUCUUGUCACCCCCUACACCCUGGAGGACGUGCUCAAAGAAGGAACAAGCAUGGACGCAGAGGUGCAAUAUGAAGAUCUAUUGCAAUACUCUGAGACCCUGGACCAGAAAGCAGAAGCAAUGCUCAGCCUUAAGUCAGCGCCCACCGAUGUGGACUGUGGUGGCUCAGGGAAGAGCUCAUUUUCAGUUUCCACGGUCUCAGUGAGAAGAGCCCAGGUGGUUAAAAAGGGGCAGUGGAAAAUCGACACGUCGCACGACUUCAUAAAGGAGUUGGCAGGCUCCCAUCAGAGGCAGCUGUUUGUUGUGACCGAGGCUUUUGAUAUAAAGGAAGCACUGCUCAUUGAGACGAUGGCAAAGGGCAAAGUCAAAGUCAUGGUCCAAGUAGGGGACGUAUGUGGAAUACAGGGCCGGGGCAAGAGCAUUAAAAAGAAGACAAUGUGGAUUCCUCAGGGUACGGUUCUGGCAUAUGUGGUCCAGCGCCUGCCUAUCCAGAUGGAAGGAAUUCACCCUGCCCAUAAGAUUUUACAAACCAGUGAAUCUUCAUUCGUUCAGGACGGGUCCCAUCAAGUGGCAGCGUCGUUGCUCACCGCAUUUCAAAAUGUGAAGGGCACAGUCACCAAAGAAUGUGAGCAGCUGAGGUAUCUGAGCCAGGAUUUCAGGAGCAGACUGCUGGGAACGUUUGAGAGCCUGCUGCAGGAUGGUGACCUGAUAUCGACUGCUAAAACGGCGCUGGAGCUUUCCUUGGCAGGAGGUCAACCGAAGCCCUCAAUGCUAGACUCGUUGGAUGAAACUCUCCAGCCUCAGAUAGAAAAGUUGCUUCACAAUUUAGGAGUUUUUAAUGAGGGUGAGGGAGAAGAAGCCCAUUCAUUAUGGCGACCGGUGCACUUCCUGUGUUCUUCUUUAGAAGAUCUGGAUUUUGGAGUGCUGCCCCUGCUUAGGACCUGCCUGGAGAAGAACAUGGUGGCCAAGCAGCUUGAGCUGAUGGAUGGCAUCAUGGAGUGGAUUCUUUCCGAUGACGAAGAAAGCAUCUUCAGCCUGGCCGGCUCUCUGACAGAAGAAGAAAAGAACAUGAUUGCUGAAAUGUUGCAUGCCUGUGGACUGAUUCCACAGACAGACAAACCCUCUCUCACCUGCCUGUGGAAUAAGGCGGCCCAGCCAAACCUGACUGCUCUUUACGCAGCCUUAUAUGCUUUCUGGACUCUAAGUGAGUGAUACUAGUUUAACUGGAAGGAUGUAAAAA